AAUGGGUUCACUUACCACAGAUGUAUGUUAGCUAACUGAUAGUUUAUGAAUGUUUCAAUACUUGGAGUUACAUGUGGACAUUCUCGAAAUAGUUCACUGAAUGAAAGUGACACCCAGGAUUAAGUUUUGCGGCAUUUGUAGAAGCCAAUUGCCGUCAAUAUUCUGAUUUUUACCGAUGAAAAGACUGAGAUGAAUAAUUCCUACACACCGAAAGCCUGGAUUAUUUUCUGCUUGGCAAUCAUUACCAUUGUGUGUGUUACAUCAAUGCCAGAGUGCAAAUGCAAACGAAAACAGUUUGCAUGCUCUGUUAGUAACAAAUGUACGUGCAUACCAGUAGCUUGGAAAUGUGAUGGAGACACCGACUGUGGAGAUGCGAGUGAUGAAAUGGACUGUGUAAUACCCACAUGUCGACCCUCUUCGUUUCAAUGCGACAAUGGAAAAUGCAUCAUGGCAGAAUGGAAAUGCGAUGGUGAAAACGACUGUGGUGACGAUAGUGACGAAGUUUCGUGCCCGAUCCAGCCAUGCGACGAAUCGACGGAGAAGACGUGUGGAUCUGGCGAUUGUGUGCCGAAAAGAUGGUGGUGUGACGGUGAUGAAGAUUGUUCUGAUGGAAGUGAUGAAACUGAUUGUAAUCGUCGAACUUGUGGUGGUACAGAAUACGCAUGCACAAGUGGAGAGUGUGUGAGUUCAGCAUUUAAUUGCGAUGGUGAUUUUGAUUGUCGGGAUGGCUCGGAUGAAGAAUGUGCAGAAGAACCAGCAGACCCGGACGUUAUCCCAAGCAAUUCAAACUUUACCGCAUGUAAGGACGAGGAGUUUUCGUGCGCAGGCAGCGACUCUGAAGUCGGCCACGGUCAACUUGACUUUUGCAUUCCAUUCGAAUAUGUAUGCGACCAAGAGCUUGACUGUGAUAACGGAAUUGAUGAACGAAAUUGCAGUCACCCAUGUACCGAUGAACAAUAUAGAUGUGGUAAUGGCCAAUGUAUUGGCUUGCAUAAUCACUGUGACGGCCAAGACGACUGUGGAGACGGGACGGAUGAAAUCAACUGUCCUGAAUAUGAGGAAUGUAUUUAUGGAGAGUUUAAAUGUAAAAGCGGGAUGUGCAUAAGUGAAGCGUGGAGGUGUGAUGGAGAUAGCGACUGCAAUGAUGGAUCUGAUGAACAGAAUUGUCAUGAAGAACCACUAGGUUGCAACGACGAUCAGUUCGAAUGUUUCACCAGCAAACGAUGCAUUCGUAUAAGUUGGAGAUGCGAUGGCGAACAUGACUGUUCGGAUCAAAGUGACGAAAUAGAAUGUGAUACUUGUGGGAGUGGAAAACACAGAUGCAACAAUGGACAAUGUAUUGGAAUGCACAAAGUAUGUGAUGGAGUUGUCGACUGCCUCGACUCCUCUGAUGAAAGUCCAAGGAGAGCAUGCAAUGGUUCGAACAUGCUACCGACCAAUUUUACUUCAUGCGCUGAUAAUAAUGGAGGAUGCGAACACACUUGUAGAGAAUCUUUAUCAGGAAGGGCUCAAUGUAUUUGUCGGAAAGGAUUUGAACUGUCACCCGAUCUUUCUAGUUGCAUUGAUUUAAAUGAAUGUAACGAAGAGGCAUCGUGUAGUCAGGUUUGCAACAAUACGAUCGGGAGUUUUGUAUGUUCUUGUUUGCAUGGAUACAUUCUACGGCCUGAUAGCAGAACUUGCAAGGCAAGUGGUCCUGAGCCAGCUCUCUUGUUUACCAACCGCAUCGAUAUUCGAAAAAUACUUCCCGAUCGCUCCGAGUUUCGAUCCAUUUUACGAGACCUGGAGAAUGCCAUUGGUUUAGAUUAUCACAUCGAUAAAGGCUUGAUGUUCUGGACCGACGUCACACUAGAUCGUAUUAUGAGGUCAUACGUAAACGGGAGUGACGUGCAAGAAGUGGUUUCAUCUGGUCUGGAAAGCCCGGGUGGUGUGGCAGUCGACUGGAUCCACAAUCUUUUAUAUUGGACUGAUUCCGGUACUUCAAGAUUGGAGGUUUCAUUAUUGGAUGGAUCUCUUCGUAAAGUGCUUGUUUGGGAAAGACUGGAGAAGCCAAGAGCUCUUGCCCUUCACCCAUUGCAUAGUUUAAUGUUCUGGACGGAUUGGGGUGAUACGCCUCGUUUGGAAAGCGCUGCUAUGGAUGGUAGUCAACGUCACACAGUUGCCUCACGGAACUUACAUUGGCCAAAUGGUCUUGCUAUUGAUUACACGAGGAAUCACAUAUAUUGGGCUGAUGCCAAAUACCAUAUUAUCGAAAAAGCGAACUUGGACGGUGGAGACCGGCGCGCUGUUAUAAGCAGAGGCUUGCUGCACCCAUUUGGAGUUACUAUUUUUGAAGACAAAUUAUAUUGGACCGAUUGGCAAACAAAAAGUGUGAACAGCGCCAAUAAAUUUACGGGCAGAGGAGUAAAAACGAUUCGAAGUCGUCUUCACUUCCCCAUGGACAUCCAAACAUACCACCCACUACGUCAACCGAAUGGCCACAAUCGUUGUGAACAAGCACACUGUAGCCACCUGUGUCUUCCACGACCUGAUGGCAUUACAUGUGCUUGCCCCACCGGGUUCCGACGCGUCAACAUCACUCACUGCGCUGAAGAUAUCAACCAUUUCUUGGUUUUUACCAGAAAGACCGACAUUCGUCGCAUCUCAUUCGACGGCGUUGAAAGAGCGGACACAGUACUCCCAGUUAAAAACCUUAAAAACGCUGUCGCACUUGACUGGCACAGCGACCACCCCGGCCACAUUUACUGGUCUGACGUCAGCAAGGAUACUAUCAGCAGGGCGGAAUGGGAUGGAAGCCAGGAAAAGGUGAUCGUCAGUAGCAGUUUGGACUCACCAGCCGGUCUCGCAAUUGACUGGAUCACCAACAAAAUAUACUGGACAGAAGCCGGUAUAAACCGGAUUGAAGUCGCAUUGCUGGACGGUUCGAUGCGAUGCGUUUUAAUUUGGACAGGCCUUGAUAGGCCAAGAGCCAUCGUGGUUCAUCCCAAAACGGGCCAUAUGAUAUGGUCCGAUUGGGGAGCCGAACCCAAAAUCGAACGAGCUGGUAUGGACGGUACCAACCGGACUACGCUGGUUUCAACUGGUCUAACGUGGCCCAAUGGCGUGGCUAUUGAUUACACAUCUGAUAUGAUCUAUUGGACCGAUGCUGGGGCUAAAACCAUCGAAACUUGUGACUUACAUGGUGCCCAACGACGAGUUUUGGUCAAUGAUGAUUUACCUCACCCGUUCGGUAUCACACUGGAUGCCACACGAAUAUAUUGGACUGAUUGGCAAUCGAAAUGUAUCAGUAGCGCCGAUAAAGUCACUGGAGGCGAUAGAACAGUUUUGCGAGAAAAUCUUGAAUAUUUGAUGGAUAUUCGAUUCUAUCACAAGUCAAGACCCAUGACCCCAAAUCCCUGCUCUGUCCGAAACGGAGGUUGUACACAUCUGUGUCUGUUGUCACCAAAUAUUGGCGAAGGAAGUCACAACAUAUUAUCCACCCCCUAUCGCUGCGCUUGCCCAACUGGACUUACUUUAAGUCCCGACCGCCACAAAUGCAAUACGGAAAUGAACAAGUUUUUGGCGAUCGCGCGACGAACCGACAUUCGUGUCAUUUCAUUAGAUGUUCAGUAUUCAGCUGAUGUAAAACUUCCAAUCAAGUCUUAUUUAGCAAACGUUGUGGACGUGGCUGUCGAACCACGUGACGGGUAUUUAUAUUGGUCUGAUAUCGGCUCGCAUGAAAUAUCACGAAGUCAUCUUAUCGACCCGACUGUAAGUGAGGUUGUUAUUUCUUCUGGGUUGGACAUUGUGGAAGGUCUAGCUAUUGAUGCUGUUGGUCGUUUAUUAUAUUGGACUGACGAUGGUCGGGAUAUUAUAUCUGUGUCUACAUUAGAUGGAAAGCACAAAAGGAUUUUAAUUAAUGAUGACUUGGGCUCACCAAGAGCUAUCACCCUACAUUAUGGAAUCGGGUAUAUGUACUGGACCGACUGGGGUAACAAACCGUCUGCCAAAAUAGAAAGAGCUGGUAUGGACGGUAGUGACCGUUCUGUAAUCAUCGAUACAGGUCUCACAUGGCCCAAUGGAAUAACCAUUGAUACUGAACUUGGAUGGUUGAUUUGGGGAGACGCACAGACCGAGAAAAUUGAACGGUCGGAUCUUCUUGGCAGAAACCGCACAAUACUUUAUUCAUCUUCACCCCACCCUUACAGCAUUAGCUGUUUGGAUGGAUUAGUUUAUUGGACAGACUGGGAGACCAGAGAUGUACGUCGGCUUGAUCUCCAUAACACGAGUGAUGUGCAAACUUUGCGUGGGAACAUGCCCAGUAUGAUGGGUAUGAAGGCAGUUUCCAUGGAACCUCCCGCAGCCAACAUGUGUGGCCUUAACAACGGCGGUUGUAGCCAUCUGUGUAUUCGAAGUCCAACCAGUACAACAGGAUUUAUUUGCGCAUGUCCAACGGGGGUUCGUAUUAAAGAAGACAAACAAACGUGCGACGAUCUUCCUACUGAAUAUCUCUUGUUUACGACCCGGCUGUCGAUUCGCAGAGUUUCUUUGGAGGCGGAUAAAAACUCCUACGUUGAACUACCUGCCGGUGAAUUGGAAAACACCAUUGCAUUGGAUUACCAUUAUGGCCGACAACUUCUGUUUUUCACUGACGUUUACCUGGAUGUAAUUAAACGGUCAAACUUGGAUGGAUCGGAUACGAAAGUUAUUGUCUCAAGAAACUUGAAGACAACUGAUGGAGUUGCUGUUGAUUGGGUGGCGGAUAAUAUUUAUUGGACCGAUGCUGGGCCUAACACAAUAUCUGUUGCGAGACUGGAUGGUACAAGCAGGAAAGUGGUGAUCGACCAAGGAUUGGACGAACCACGGGCAUUGGUUGUUCACCCAUCACGUGGGAUAAUAUUCUGGACGGACUGGGGAGACAAGGCAAAAAUAGAAAAAGCAAAUAUGGAUGGAAGUGCUAGAAAGACUCUUGUUCGAAAGAACCUGCAGUGGCCGAACGGGCUGACAAUCGAUUACAACAAUUCAAGACUCUACUAUGUAGACGCAUACGAUGAAUUAAACCGCAUCGAGACUUGCGAUUUUAACGGAAGAAAACGAAAAGUUGUUGUUUCACCAGUGCCACAUGGGUUUGCUAUUACAUAUUUGUCCGGAACUUUAUAUUGGACAGAUUGGCAAACGUCAAGCAUUCAUUCAAUUACGUACCCAUUUAAUUCUUCAAAGCGUAAAACAAUUCUUGGUGGCGUGGAAGGCCUUAUGGAUAUCAAGGCGGUUUCAUCAAAAAGACAAACCGGGACAAGUCUCUGCGACACAAUGAAUGGUUAUGGAGGUUGUUCGCAUCUAUGUUUAAUGAAAGGUUCACGAACGUUAACAUGCGCUUGUCCUGAUCCUAUCGAUCCACCACAAGCUCCUGUGGCCGAUAGUAUUUUGCCAAAUAUCAAUCAUGAAAGUCCUGAUGGCGGAGUGUUAAACAAUUGUAGUCUUACUCCAGUCCGAAUAAUAAAACAUUCAUCUACACACGCACCUGCCUUGGUUACAGCAUACGACCUAACAACUCUUUCAAGUGAAGGAACAUUACAUAAUAAUAUAAGUGUGGACACAAAAGCAGAAGCUCAACCAAUUGUUAUCCACGUGCUUGCUGUGUUCUUGGCGGCGGCUCUAAUCGUUUUUGUAAUCAUCGUUGUUUUCGGAUUUUUUAUGUGGAAGAAAAUUAAGAAACGCAAAACACCAAGGUCCAACAUCCCGAGCAAUGAUAAUGCAACAGUGACCUACAGAAACAAUGUCAGUUACAGAAGUGGCAGCAACUCUUUACUUCACCACAACAACACGAGCAGCGAGCAUACACCUACCUUGUGGCCUGGUGUUGACCCGCGGAAUAAACACGAAAGAAGUUCUUUGAUAAAUAGAUCUGAAAACGAAACUCAUCCGGCGGACGAUUCUCUUCCAACAUCGGAAGAUGAUCGUUAUGAUGAAACUUCAACACAAUACAGCAGAGUUUCAACAUUGGAAGGUCCCAAGACGAAACUACCAAGUCGAAAACUUGGGACUGUUGGAUUACCUACCUCACGAGACCACCAGCUUACUGCCCCACAAGCGUUACCUCUAUUACGUGUCACGAACAGUCCGCAAACUUGCCAAGCUACGAACCAACUGGCGUACUGUAUAGAUGACGGUGACGUCAGCAGUUGCUAUAGCGACGAUGACUUCUCGAAUUGUGGGGAUGUUCCCUCACCGAUACCUUCAAAGGCCAAAUCAAAGAACCGAUUACUUCGUAAUUUAUUAGACAAGCAGCCGAAAAUGAGCGUAACCACAACAUGUACAAUGCUUUCUGAGGACGAUUGCCAAAGUUCAGAAGCGAUAUCAGCAAACUCAGGCACCAACGAUUAAAACUUCUGAACGGCUGAUUAAAAUGUCUUAAAAUUUAAAAUAGAACUCUACUUUUACAUACUGCGGUAUUUUACCAUUUCUAGAAUUUAUUUAUUCUCUUUUUUUGACGCGUGAAUGUUUUAUGGUGUCUUUGUAUUUACAUAAAAUGUAGAAUCUAUAAAUCAAACCUCCUACGUUUUCCAGUGUUACAACCGAUAAAAAACGGUUUAGCCCACUCGGAAAUGUUUUCUUGGUGUUAGCCAGUUUAUUUUUUUUUCUUCUUGGCCAUCUUUCUUUACAAUACAUGUCUCCCCAUGUAUAAUCCCUUUUGCGAUACAACUGUUCUGUUUGUAUAAUAAAGUACAUGUUUUAA